AUGUUCUUCCCGACAGACCGCGCGGCCUUCCGACGUUACGAAGAGGAAGCGCUGGUAGCGCGGAAGAAGCGCUUGGCGACGAUCGAGAGCAUGAAGCUCCGGGAAGAGGCGCCGUCCGACGUCGACUACACCAGCAAGGAAGACGAGCAUUACGCAGCCUUGGACAAGAUGUGGCAAGCGCUUGUCGAUGACCGUCCGACGAGCUCUAUGCGAGCUCCAUGGCUCUUCGAGACGACGGAUUGGCGGUUCCCAACGCAUGAAGACUCGAUGCAGCGGCCCGACGAGACCCCGCGCAUGCUACCCCAGCGCAGCGGCGACGAAGCGCCCCAUGAAAGCGGAGCCCCAGACGACGAAGACCCCUUCGAAGAGAUCGAGCUACGAUGGGCUACCCCCAUGGACGACGCCAAGCUGUGCAUGCCAUCAAGAGACGGCAACAUCCUAGCCUAUGCAGUCGACAAUGGUCUUGGCGACAUUGACUUCGCAUGGCAUGAGGAUGCGUGCUGCUGGAGCGCAUUGGUUGAUACCUCGCAGCACGUCGUCUGCAUCACGCCUUCGCCCUCCGAGCUCGACGCAUCUCCACAGUCCGAUGACGACGAAGACGUCAUUGAGAUCUGCAGCUUGGACGGACUGCUCGGGCUUGCACCAGACUAUACCGUACCAGUCGAGGAAGCGUAUCCGCUGGAGAUCAUCCGCAACAUCUACACCUCUCGCAUGUCCAACUCCAAGUUAUCAAUUCCGUGCUUUCUGGACAUGGCGCCUCAAAACCAGGAUGCGAUGAUCGACAUGCUGCACAAGGUGCCGGUCGAGCGAAGCCCAGCUCUCGCUGUCGAAGGCCUGGACACAGCACCAGGAGGGUCUAACGCUGCUCUCGAUGAUGACGACGCACUGCAUUUUCAGUCGGCCGACGAUCCGCUGGCCAUCUAUGGCAUCAUUGGCUCGGCACCCGCGGCAAGCAGCACGGAUGCGCUCUAUCGCAAGGCCAUUCUUGACUGCGAUCAGCUCCACGUGUCCGCACACGUACCGAGCCUCUUUGAUGACGCAUGGCCAGCACAUUUGAAGAACCAUUGGUGCGAUAUUGCGGCGAGAGCAUCGGCGACCAAGUCCGAUUCGGUGGUCGUCCAGCAACUUGAAGUCCCACGCCUCAAAGAGACCUUGAUGGUCCCGUCUGAGGCCCUCCAAGCGUGCGCGAUACUGCGUGAGGCCGAGGCGCCAACCGAGGUCGUUCUCUGCCCGACCAUCAUUGCCAUGGAGUUGCCCAUGGUCUGGUCCAAAGUGCCCAGUUGCUUCAACGAGCAACUCUUUUCCGCCGCAAAUGAGCUCACCGAAGUGCUUGAUGUGCCGAUGAUAAGCGCAACGGACAAGCGCAUUGCUACGACGUUGAAACGAUCCCAGACAGACGACCGUGGUGACUCCCGAGCGACGAAGCGUUCGAAGAGCAGCAAAACCAUCGCGUACAAGCAGCACGACGAGCACGAGACAACGAUCGGCCUCGUGAACCUGGGCGACGACGAUCAUGACGUCAGUGCCGAGUCCCCACCGUCGGGCAAAGACGAGCUGCUUUCGUCGCUCCAAACGUUUGUGCUCCACGCGGCCCGGCCCGUUAUCUGGAAGCUCGUCAAGUGCGGUCAGUUUCGGUACCAAGAGACCAAGACCAAGUCGGCCUUGGAGCACCUCACCUUGUCCACGCUCGAGGCAAUCGUUCUCACCCAGCAGCAGGAAUUGGCCAAGGUGGACGUGCUCGGAGCGCGCCGAAGCCCCGACGUCAUGGAGCGGUGUCACAACCUUGGCGAGUUGAUUUAUCUGCACACCCUCCGGCUUUUGUGGCACGCGUUGCAAGAGUACGGCGUCUCGGGCGGGGUCACGUUCUUGGAAGCCUGCCUCUUCAGCGAAAAGUAUCAAAAGGCGCUCCGAAAGUCCCACAUGUCGACGCUACACUCGAUGCUGCGACUUGUAGCGCCGUUGCCGGAGAAUGCAGAGACGUUGACGCCCACGAAGAGCAAGCUGGAAACCUGCGGUUUGCCGUUGCGCGAACAACCAAAUGCUCUUCUAUGCGCCGAAGAUUUUCCAUACAGAGAGCACGUCUCGGCGCUUGGUAUACAGAUGGUUGCCCGACCUCUGGACAGCCCGUUGGGCCUCGUAUUGGACGCCAGCACAGGGCUCUGUGUCGCCCCACUUGCCACCUUUUUGGACGAUGGAUUAGCGCAGAUGUACGCCUACAAGCUUGCAGAGCACCAAGCAGUCUUCACCAAGCUGUGGGUCGUGCUCGAGCUGCACUCGCUCUCCGACUGUUCGAACUCCGAGAAGCAAGCGGUUGAAGCCCACGUCCAAGCGUUCACGGCGUCGACGGUUCAUUUUACAGCCAACGUUGUCACCAUGACGAGGUAUGGCGUACUGGUGCAAUGUGGUCGACCACAUCUCGUGCGCAGCCUCUGCACCGAGGACACGCUGCACUUUGUGUCGACUGCGAUUGCCUCGUCAGAUCGUCUCCCGGUAUGA